AUUUGAGACAUAGGCUAGCUUCUUUACAUAUACUUACGCCGUGAACCGUAAGGAGACCCUUCUUGAUUCGCCUUCCAUGGAACAUUUUUACCUAUAAAAUACCACUACCACCUGUUUGCUGCUCCUAGUAAACUACUUGUCGCAUUGACAUGAUGGAUCAUGUCUGAGCAACCUUACCAGUGCUCAUCAUGGCGCCUCACGCCAUAAUCUUACUUGGCCUCUUGGCCUUGAGUAACGCCGCGCCUCAAUUCACAAUAGGAGAUGGCUCUACGAUUCUCGUUCCCGGUGGAGGUGUCAUCUCACCCAACCCAGUUGGGCCCAUCUUGCUUCCUCCUAUCAACAGCCCAGAGGUCAAGCCUGGUAAGCGUGAUCUUAACAACCCUAUCCACGAGCGCGAAUUGUCUUCAUCUGGUACGUACUGAGCUCACAACUGUUUCCAGUGACCACAUUUAAUGACCUCAGAAAAAACUAGACUCUUCUAUGAGUCCAAUGCA